UCCCUCGUGGUUCUUGUUGUCUCUCAGUGUCUGCAGGGUCUGGAUUUCCUCCAUUCCAUCCGGGUGAUCCACAGAGAUCUGAAGAGCUCCAACAUCCUUCUGGGAAUGGACGGCUCUGUCAAGCUGGCUGAUUUUGGCCUCUGCGCUCAGCUCAGCCCUGAGCAGGACCAGUGCAGCUCCAUGGUGGGCACUGCUCACUGGAUGGCCCCAGAAGUUGUGACCAGUUCUCCUUACGGCCCCAAGGUGGACAUCUGGUCCUUUGGCAUUGUGACCAUCGAGAUGGUGGAAGGAGAACCUCCUUACUUCCAGCAAACGGGGGCCAUGGCUCGCGCUCUGAUCCGGCAGAACGGGACCCCGCAGCUGCAGGAGCCCAGGCGCCUGUCGGCUCUGCUGCGGGACUUCCUCGAGUGCAGCCUGGAGCCGGACGAGGAGCGGCGCUACUCUGCCCAGGAGCUGCUGCAGCACCCAUUUUUGUCAUCAGCCAAGCCUCUCUCCAGCCUGACCCCUCUGAUCACUGCAGCAAAGCAACUGAGGGAGCAGCAGAGGAGAUGAAGUCCUGGAGGCCAGCUUUU